CUACUCCAUCUGAUGAUACCAACUUCCCCCUCGUCGUCGUCCUACUCCUCCUCCUCCUCGUUCUCGCUCGAUUGCCUGCCUCUUCGUCCUCACUCUCUCGCCAUCCAAACCCUCGAGUCCAUAGCGAGAUAGUAGUUGGAGAGAUUAGGGGAAGAGGAGCGGCGGCGGUAGCGGGCGAGAGCCAUGGGGCUGUGCCAUGGCAAAAUCAUGUCCUUCGCCGAGGACGGUCGUCACCGCGAGUACAACGGUGGAACCGGGGCUCGCGGCGCACCCGCGACCCCACACCGCAAGAGCAGGAGCCGCCCCGCCACGCCCGUCAGCUUCUCUUCGACCGGCACCGACGCCAUCGCGUGGCUCAGCCCGUACCCGCAAGACUCCGCCAGCCCCCUCCCCACCGGGGUCUCCCCCUCUCCUGCUAGGUCCACUCCGCGGCGAUUCUUCCGCCGGCCCUUCCCGCCGCCGUCCCCGGCGAAGCCUAUAAAAGCCUCCCUCGCGGAGCGCCAGGGCCUGCCGAAGCCAAAGGAGGGUCCGAUCCCCGAGGACGGGACUGAGGAGGUGGAGAGGUCUCUGGAUAAGAACUUCGGGUAUGGCAAGAACCUCGGGGCGAAGUAUGAGCUGGGGAAGGUGGUCGGGAGGGGACAUUUUGGGCACACGUGCUUCGCCACGGCCAAGAAAGGGGAUAUCGAGGGCCAGCGUGUUGCAGUCAAGAUAAUCUCGAAAGCUAAGAUGACAACACCAAUAUCGAUUGAAGAUGUUCGUAGGGAGGUCAAAAUCUUGAAAGCUUUGUCUGGGCAUAAGAAUCUUGUCAAAUUUUAUGAUGCAUGUGAGGAUGCACUUAAUGUCUACAUAGUAAUGGAAUUAUGUGAAGGUGGAGAAUUAUUAGAUAGAAUUCUACGCAGAGGUGGAAGGUACACAGAGGAGGAUGCAAAGGAAAUUGUUGUUCAAAUACUGAGUGUAGUUGCCUUUUGUCAUCUUCAAGGUGUUGUGCAUCGUGAUCUAAAGCCAGAGCAGAAUUUUCUUUUCACCACUAAAGAUUGGAAUGAUCCCAUGAAGUUGAUUGAUUUUGGUCUUUCUGAUUUUAAUAAACCAGAUGAAAGACUUAAUGAUAUUGUUGGAAGUGCAUACUAUGUUGCCCCUGAGGUCCUACAUAGAUCAUACAGUAUGGAGGCAGAUAUUUGGAGUAUUGGUGUUAUAACCUAUAUCUUGUUGUGUGGUAGUAGACCUUUCUGGGCACGGACAGAAUCAGGAAUUUUUCAUGCUGUUCUGACAGCUGAUCCCAACUUUGAUGAUUCGCCUUGGCCAGAUGCGUCUUCAGAAUCUAAAGAUUUUGUUAAAAGGCUUUUGAAUAAGGAUUAUAGAAAAAGAAUAUCAGCUGCACAAGCUUUGACACACCCUUGGUUGCGAGAUAAAUGUUGGCAACUUCCUCUGGACAUACUGAUAUACAAGUUAAUCAAGUCAUAUCUUCGUGCCACACCUCUCAAACGAGCUGCAUUGAGGGCACUAUCCAAAGCUGUAACAGAGGAUGAGCUGUUCUAUCUGAGGUUGCAGUUCAAGCUGUUAGACCCAAAUAAAGAUGGUCACGUAUCCCUUCAAAACUUUCGGAUGGCACUAAUGCAAAAUGCAACAGAAGCAAUGAGGGAGUCCAGGGUAUUUGACAUUCUGAAUUCGAUGAAGCCACUCUCAAACAGAACCAUGGACUUUGAGGAAUUUUGUGCUGCUGCAAUCAGUCCCUAUCACCUUGAGGCUUUGGAUAACUGGGGACAGAUAGCUAGCACAGCCUUCGAGUUUUUUGAACGGGAGGGUAACCGAGUCAUUUCUGUUCAGGAACUGGCCCAGGAGUUAAAGAUUCCUCCAAGUUCUUAUUCUGUUCUGAAAGCCUGGAUUAGACCUGAGGAUGACAAGUUAAGUUUUAUUGGAUACACCAAAUACAUACAUGGCAUCACUAUACGUGGUUCAAACGCGAGAGGUUGCUAGAUUCUGCAACCACUGAUGUAGCUCUUUCUGAUGUUGGCCAACUCAAUAUAGAGCAUGCCGUUUAACCACUCCUUUUCUCUGUGUUUGUUGAUUAAUGUGGCAUAAAAGCUCUUGUAGAGAAUGCAUGUAUAGAUAGAUUUGCAGUGAACGCUGAAGUGAAAGCUUCUAGGGCAUAUAUGUCGUCUCUUAUCCAGUUUGCCCUCUGUUGCUGUGUCAUAUUGUCUAUUUCAGUCUUAUUUCUUCUAAAGGAACUUGUAUCGUCUCUCUU